AUGAAUUACUUAAAGAAAUACGAAGUUUCAAGCAAUUAGAUAAAGUAGAACUAGAUGUAGAAUCGCCAAGAUUGCAGCAAGCGUGCAUUAAUCUUGGUAUCAGUAUUGAAGAACUAUAUAAAAAAGAUUAAAGAGAUGCAACGGAAGUUGCUUGCCCAAAAGCUAAAAGCAGAAAGCAAUGAAAAAAAUAAGAGUCCUGAGAAAUUAGAAAAAUUAAAUACAGCAGGUAGAAUUUCAGGAUUGCUAUCGUAAAGAGCAAUCACUCCAGUAGAUUAGAAAAUGAUAUCCAAAUAAACUAGAAUGAUGAAUCAAACAAUAAGCGGAAACGGUUAGUUUGGAAAUUUUCUCGCACCUCCAGCAACUUCUUCUUUUAGCAAGUUAGAUGCAUAUCUGCUGCCUUAAUAGAGUAGAAUGAAUAUAAAAUCUCACAGAGACUCAAGAACUUAAAAAUAAAACAUGAUGAGUUCCACCUUCAACAUUACUGAAAGCCAUUAGUAAAGUAUGUAGAAUUUAACUGAGGGUAAAACUUGUCAAAACUAAACAAGUAAAUCAAAGUUUAACAAGUAGCUUUCUUAAAGUGCUUUUGGAGGUAAAACAUAAUAUAGUUAAUCAACACAAAGUAGAAGGUAGUCUUAAUAAGCAAAAUUUAGAGCUCACCCACUAAUUCAAGAAAUAUUGGAUAAAGAAAUGGAGAAAGUAGAUAAGGAGAGAGCUCGAAGGCUGAGAAUAAUUAGAUUACAAGUUGAACAUAAUGCUUAAAUGCAAAUUAAGUUGAAACAAAAGUAAAAACGAAUUAAAAAAGCAGAUAAUGAUCACGAUAAGAAUUUAAAUAGUCAUAUUGAAACUAUAACUUAGAAAAGGAAUGCCAGAUCAUCUGAAUAAAGAAAAAGAGCAAAUCUUUUAUCACAAGACUAUGAUAAUCAAAUUUAAGGUGAAAUCGAAAGAUAGAAUUAAUUGAUGACUAUGAGAGAAACAAAAGUAUAAAUUUUACAAUCUGAGAGGAAAUAAUAUCUCAAAUAGAGAGAUCUUGAACUCCAAGAAAAACUAAGACAAAUUCGAGAUGAAAAGAAAUAAAAUGAAGAGUUAGAGAAUGAAUAGUGUGAAUCAAACUUAAAAUCAAUCAAAGAAAAACUUAGUAGGUCACAGAUGAAGCAUGAAUAGUUUGUAAAGCAAAGGAUAGAUGAAGCUAAGUAAAAGAAUCAGCAUGCUGUUGGCAUCUUUCAUAAGCAUCAGAAAUCAUUAGAUAUAUUAAAGGAACACAUGACUAAGAAAUUAGAGACUUCAGACGAAAAUCAUAGGAAGUUUAUUGCAGAUAAGUUAGAUGAAUAUAGAAACUAAUUAGAUGAAAUUAAGCAGCAAAGUGAGGAAAAGUAUUAAAUGAACCAUACUAGGAGAUAGCUAGAUCAAAAAGCUUAUGAAGAAAGACUUGGAAUUUUAUAGAAAUAAUAAGAAGAAGUAAGAGAUUAUAAAGAAUAAGUAAGAAGAGAGUAAAACAAGGAAUUUAUGCUUUAAAAUGAAUAUAGAAGACUUAAGUCUGAGGAUAUUAGAAAGCUUAGAGAAAGACAAAAGAGGUUAGAUUAAACAAAGAAGUAUCACAUCCUCUAAAAAGACAAAGAUCACUAAGAGCUCUUGAAGCAUUUACAUGAAGGGGAGCAGCUUAUUUUUAAAAAGAAAAUUGAAAUGAGCGUUAAGACAAUAAAAGAUACAGAUGAAAUUAAGAAUAAAUUGGUAGAUGCAAAAAUUAAGAAGAAGACAUUGACAGAUUAGACAAAGGAGAUGUUGGGAAAAGAGGGUAUUCAUGUUAGUGAUGAUGAGUAGACUAAGAAGAAAAAAUAGAAGAAAAUAAUACCAAAUUAUGAUUUCUAUUCCCCAGCAAUUAUAGAGUAUUGA